UUUGACAGAACAUGGCAAGUGGCAACGGCACUUCGAAAUCCUUAAUUUAACUCAUUGCGGUAUUUAAUAACGCUUGAAGUUUAUUGUAGUAUUUCAAUAAAAUGAUGUAAAUAUUAAGUAAUAGUCUAAACUAUUUGUAAGUGUUAGUUGGAUUACAUUGCUAGAAUUUAUAAUAUAAGCAAAAAUGGAUCUUCAUCGACCGGUCGACGGUAACAAGUCGUAUGAAGAAAUGACGUCGGAAGAAAAAUUAAGAUAUGACCAUCAGAAAUUGCACGAGAUGCACAAGGGUCACGACUCGAUGCAUAUGACAAUGGUCAUUAUCCUUAUUGUGACGCUAAUCGUGGCUCACUUAGUAGUAUCUGAAUGGAAGAAUUUACAUUACAGAUCGUAUGCACUAUUUACGAUGGUUGCGAUGUGGUCGAUACCGCUGGUGAUGAGCAUCAGUAACCACUGGACGAGAUUCAUUGUGGUGUGGACGGUGUUCACACUGCUGACCGCCGUCGUCAUGUGGAAGUCAUCGCAGAAGCCCAUGUCUGUCACUACACCAAGAUUGGUGUACAAAUGGUUCUACCUCAUAUACAAAGUGAGCUGCUUCUUCGGUGUGUUCGGCUACAUAGUUAUGAUGAUGACCUUCAUGAACAUUAACUCUAUAUUCAAUCACAAGCCGCAAGUAUGGAUGGACGUUGGUCUAGUGUCACUGUUCUACGGACUGUACUUCGGGGUGCUGGGCCGAGACGUUGCCGAAUAUUGUACUGAUAAAAUGGCCGCUUCUAUAGGGUAUUACACAAAAGAAGGGAUGCCGACUCGACACUUAGAGAGCAAUGUGUGUGCUGUCUGUGGCAAUAAGUUAUUGGUUGAUGUUAAUGAGGAAGGCGUUUUAGAAAAUACAUAUAAACUGACCUGUAGUCAUGUUUUCCACGAGUUCUGUAUCCGAGGCUGGUGCAUCGUCGGCAAGAAGCAGACCUGUCCGUACUGCAAGGAGAAGGUGGAUCUCAAGAGAAUGUUUACUAAUCCUUGGGACCGACCACAUAUUCUCUAUGGACAACUGCUAGAUUGGAUCAGAUGGGUGAUUGCCUGGCAACCGCUGGUGCUCUUCCUUGCUCAAGGCAUCAACUGGCUCUUUGGACUUGAAUAACACGGCAUAUCACAAGUAUUUAUUCGCUAUGUGGACACUUAGAUGUUCUUGUAUUCGAAUGUGUGGUGGGAUUUUGAAAAGACGGUAGGUAGCCUUACCGUCCGUUGAGCUACCAGCUCCUUAAAGUGUUUGUCUGUGACAUACUAUACGAUGUAUGACCAAAAUAGUACUGGCAGGUAUUUAAUUAAUUCUUGACAUAAUUGUGACAUCAUUUUACCUCAAUACAUUUUUUUUAAUUUCGGUGUUGUUAUAUUUUUAUGUUCGAAGUGAUUUCUCGUCAGAUACAUAGUAUCGAUAAUUAUUAUCGAAACGAUCAAUCUUGCCUCGAAGUGUAUAAAUAAUUGUAAAUACACUUUAAAAAUUAAUUUCGAUUCUCACGGAUUUAAAUGAAACAAAUUAUUUGUAUUUUAUUCGCUUGUAAAGUUGUGAUUCUUAUGUAGUAUUACUGGUGUUAAGGCUUAGUGCCCGUCUGGCUGGGGAGCACUCACUAAUCAGUUAUUCUUAAUAAAUUGAUUAUAUUUUCCUGCCGAAAAACGUUCUCUGUACCAUAUGCAAGUGGAAAACAGGGGUUACAAUCAGGGAUCAAAUAUUGAUAACAGGGAUUCACAGCCGGGGUUGAACCGGGGUCUGACUCCGAUAAACUACCACUAAUCCUGGAUUUUGUUUUUUAUCCAGACGUUCUGGGUUACACUGAGCUUUACCACAAGAUAAUUGGUAUAAAUUGUAUAAAAUGUAAAUAUUUUCUAAUAUCUUCCAAUAAUGUUUUCAAAAUGUUUUCAAGCAACUAUUUAACGUUCGUCUCUCGAAAUAUAAAAAAAAAAAAUGUUUGUUAUUAUAUUUCUUUAAAAUUACGUUAAUAUUAUUUUUAUAUACAAUUAUUUUGGCAUAGACAACUUUUGCAUAGCUUUGGAUUAUAAAGCGUUUAUGAUCAAAUACACUUGUUUCACCGAGCGAAGCGAAUUGAUUACGCAAACACAAGAUUUGUCUGAUAUGAAUUUAUUUAUAGCAUUGCAGAUAAAUAAAUCGUUAUUUAUUUCCUUAAUUAUUCCUUUAAAUAUAGCAAUGUACUUUUAAACAAUGUGUUUGGUAACAUCCUACAUAUUAAUAUAAUGUUAAGCAUAAUACGAAUGUUAGCAUUUAUUAUUUAUCAUUUUAUUAAAUAUAAGACAAACAAUGUACAAUUACAGUUCUUUUUAUAUACCUACUUUGUGUAUUUAAGAAUCUACAUACAUAUAUAUAUACAAGUAAUAAAAACUGUAAAUCUGUUAUGCUAAAUUAUUUUAAAGGAUUCGUUUUUAAUUUUUAUAAUAUAGUCUGUAUAUGGAAACAAUCAAUGAGUUCCAAAAAUUAUCCUUAAAAGGGUGAAUGGUCCUUAGGCCAAAGGCCUGGCUUCUUUUUUUUUUUUUUGGAAAUUUUCUUGCUCUCACCUUUUCUCUCAGUCUGUUUAAAUAUAAACUGGCGGUCAAAUUCCACCGUUGCGAGACCCGCCACAUUGAAUUUAAGCUGAAAUAGUUUAUCACUACUGUAAAUGGAAAAGUUCGUAUAUAAGUAUAGUUUACAGCACAGCGUGAAAAUGUAUCUGUUUGUUGCGUUCCACAUGGUUUCCAUGGUAACCAAUUCAUAAAAUAAAUUCUAAUGCAUUUGAUUUUUAAAAUAAAAAAAAAAAAUGUUUACAUACGAUUUUUGUGCUGACGGUACUGUUUCGCUAAAUUAUACAGUUAUAUUGAACUUUCGUGAAGGUUAGAGCAAUAGCAUUUCCAAAAAAAGUUUAUGCUUGUUUUUACUUAAGACCCGACUACGUUGUACGGAUGAUGUUUUAAAUCUAAAUAAUUAAAUAAUGUUUUCUCAUUAGUCCGAGAAAAUAAGUCUUCGAUGAAUAGUCUUUAUACUGCGAUUUACUAAAAUCGCGCUUUAAGUUUUAGUUUUUAAUUUAUGUUCAUUAUCUUUAAACAAACCUUAAGACGGAUAAGUAGCUAAUGCUUAAGCCUUAAUCGAUGGUAAUAUAUCUCGCAAUGAUGAUGAUGUCGUCUUUAACGAUUUCGGCUGCGGCAGCUAAUCUCAAAGGAGACCAGCCAAUUAUGCAGGGCGUAUUGUGCAUAAGUUUGUGCACAAACACAGGUGCACUCUUUAUUCCAUGGCUCUUUUGAUCCAAGUAAAAUACUAUAGUUAUAUAACCGAAAAAGUCAUGGUACAAUACGUGCAUCUUUGUGCCUCAUUUGUGCUUAUAAUAAUUGGACUGUAUUGUGCAAAAAUGUAAUAACCCACAGAACUGUACUUGGUGGUAAGGCUUUGUACAAGAAAAUUGGAUAGGUACAACCCACUCAAUGUAUAUUCAAGUCGUGCUGUGAAAGGUUCCGAUCACGUGGGCUAUUCCGUCCGCCUAACUAUGACGUAAAAUAUAAAAAAAUGUAGAACAUAAAUACGGAGGGAAAAAAAUACAUGUUAAGAUUUAAAAGCCGAAACCAUAUUUAUAAUGACAGUAACCCUGUUAAAUUAAAUAUGUAUUUAACUAUGGUGUUAUGAAUAUUGUUUCCAUCAUCAGCCCAUAUUCGUCCACUGUUGGACAUAGGCUUCUCCAAAUGCACGCCACUGUGGUCUUUCUUCGGCAACUCGCAUCCAGCUCCUGCCAGCCGCCUUGCGCAAAUCGUCACUCCACCGUGCCUGAGGACGUCCUACACUACGUUUGCCGAGACGCGGUGUCCACUUUAGAACACUAGAAUAUUGUUUUAAAGUACUAAAAUUACAAGGGCUGUCUCUUAUAUAUUAACAAUUUUUUCGGAAUCUCUUUGGGUUGGUACAUUUUUGCACAAUACGGUCCAAUUAAUCUCGUGCUCGAAACCUACACUUUUCGGAUAAAAUUGUCUGCCUUAUGUUUGAGUUGAUUAAAGUUUUAUAUAAUGUCGAAGUUAAUCGAUUCAACGAUUCACGAGAAUCGACUAACGUUUCGUUUCCCUAAAGUCAUACCCGAUGAGUUAUAAUAUAUUAUUUGUAAGUGAAAAUUAUGUGUAGUAUAUUAUAUAUCGCGUUUUAUAUAAUAUUGUAUGAAUGUAUCUGUAAUUUGUGUGUUUUUGAACGAAUCGAUUUGUAACUAUUUUGUACAAAAUAAAGUUGAUUCAAUAUUUUCGUUA